AGAACUUGCCUGCCGAGUUGCUUGUAGUCCAGCGAAGCUUGUAGUUCAACAGCAUAGCAACAAUGGCGACGGAGGAAGAGACGCUAGAAGCUAUCCGUGAAGUUGUCUCAACUCUCGAGGGCAUCACGCAAUUAAAGCAGGAACAAGAGGCUUGUCAAUUUUAUAAAUGGCAAGGACGUCUUAUAACUCUCCUUCCAACUGGCUUUGGGAAAAGUUUGAUUUAUCAGAUGGUGAUAACUAAACCUAAACGCACAAGUGUACUACAUGCAUCACUACUUAUCAUGUUUUCAAAUAAACGUUUGCUGCUCGUUAUUCUCCCCCCUACUCUCAAAUUACCUUAACAAAAUCAAUGCGGCAUAGGCCUACUUAAGGAAUGGAAUGUUAGCUACUAGCUAGCCUACCGAGCGGGGCUCAAGGCGAGGCGGUGUGUCUUGACGUGAGCUAGCCGGUGACCGAGCAGUGCUCAAGGCAAGGCUGCUGUGAUUGUGCUUGACUGGGACUAGCGGUUACCGAGCUGGGCUCAAGACAUCUGUCCAGCUGAUUAUGAUCUUCUGAGGGGAGUCAGUGACUUAGAUACCGGAAAUGACAUCAUGACCACAGGACAGGAAGGUGAGGGUGGAGAGAAGUGGAGUCGGCGCAGUACUGUGUCUCUAGCUAAAGGGGAGCGGUUUUCUCCAGAUGUGGUGCUAGUGUUCAGUGGGAAGCACAGGUCCAGUGGGGAGAGUGAUGAUGAGCUGCAGGAGGCUCUUCGGACCAGACUAAGAGUGAUGGAGAGCAGCAGCCAAGACAUCAGCAGCCUGUUUAAGGAUCUCUCUGCCCGCUUGCUGUCUGUGCAUGCUGAGCGAGAUUGUUUCAUUCUGACCUUCAAGACCGUGGAGGAGAUCUGGAAAUUCUCUACCUACCUCUCCUUAGGGUACGUGGCAAGGUGUUUGGAGAACUUCCUAUGUGAUCCAUCUUUCUGGUUGGACCCUGCGUUGCUAAGCGAUGUGGAGAUCUGUGUGUCACUCCAGGAGGAACACCUUGCAACGCUCUACUUGGGCCUACUGCUUCAGGAAGGUGUGUUCUUUGCUAAGGCGGCCCAUGCAGUGGAGGCGGUGGAGGGCGAUGACGAGCGGCUGGUGUGUGUGUGUGACGCGCUGCUGCUGGUGAGGGACGUCGGCCAGGAGGACCUGUGGGAAGCCACCCUGCUGUCCAGCGGAGACCGAGGCCUGGUGCCCUCCGCUAGCGUGCAGCCCCUACCCUACCCCUUCUACCAAUGGUUUCUAAGGAAGUACCCCUGCAGUGCCAGUGGACUCUCCACAGACACACCCCUUGGUCAACAUCCAAUAGCGACGGGCAUGUGCAUAGCGGCGGUGGACUACGAGCCGGCGGACGCUGAUGAGCUGCUGCUGCAUGAGGGGGAGGAGCUAGCAGUGGAGGGCUUCCUGCUUCAGGGGCUAGACCUCUUCGUAGGGCGGAGCCUAACCAGCGGCCUUAUGGGAUUCGUCCACAAGAAGCAUGUGAAACCAGGAGACCUAAAACCCACGAGUCCAGAGCUGCAGUUUAUGACUGUGGAGGAGAGAGAAGACCUCUAUCAGCUCGAGCCCUCUCUCACACACUCUCACACACACCUCCUGAAACAGCUCUGUGCCUCAGAUAUCAGCACUGUCUACAGAAUGGACAAACUGGAUGAAUCUGACUUCACAUACAUCAAAAGUACUCCUAAACCAGACCCUCAGGCCAACUCCAUGCAGCAGACUGUAGACACACCCCCACCGCGCCAUUCUUGGACUUGGCCCCGCCCCUCCCUCGCUGCCUCCCAGAGAUCCCUCGGGCGUUCUGUGGGGAGUGUGUCCGGCGCGGGUGAGUGUGUGUCCUUCUGCAUGGACGAGACGUUCAGGGAGGCAGAGCCCUUGGAGGACGACGCGCCCUUGUGGGAGGAGUUAUCGGAAUGGGAGGAGGAGUCGUGUGAAGACCUGCUGAGUCUGCUGGACACACCCACACAGCUGGAGGAGGCGGAGCUGUGCGAGGCGCCGCUGCGCUGGCUGCAGCGUGUGCGUGUGUGUGUGUGUGAGCGUGAGGGCGGCUGUGUGUGUGAGCGCGUGCUCUUGCGAAGGUUGGAGUGUGUGCGUGAGGCGGCUAAGCAGCGUGGACACGCGUGGGCUCUGCGGCGAGUGUGCUUCCUGCUGGGCCGUGUGUGUGAGAGCGCCACGCGUCUGUCCCAGGCGCGCGUCUACUAUGAGGAGGCUCUGACCGUGUGUGUGUCCGGCUUCAGCGACACGCCGCUGCUCACAGCGCUCUACACACACCUGGGUGGAUUGUACCUGCACCUGCGGCAGCGGGAGAAGCUCACGCACACACACACUCUUACGCGCGCCGCCGCCCUCAUGCUCACACAGCCUCGCCUCCAAGUGAGCUCCGCCUACCAGCUCAACAUACUCCAGCCAAUCCUGUGUCAGGCCUUGUUGCUGGGGCAACGGGUGCUGGAAGGGCGUGUCUGCUUCCUGUGGGUGCGCAUGCUGUUGCAGCUGGGGCGCCAUGACGACGCCCUCCCCUUCUUGGAACGCCUGCAGUUCCUGAUUGGUUCCCUCCGUGCGGGGGGUUGUCCAGGGGCGGGGCCAGACCUCAACUGGUUACUCAGUGUCCUGUAUCACCGCAGGUAUCAGCCCCACUUGGCGCUCGCAGCCCUCAGUUUGGACUCCGCCCCCUCACGUGGAUUAGGCCACGCCCUCAUGCGCCUGCAUCUGCACCUGCGCAGCUCAGAACGCCUGCAUGCCAGCGGUGUCCACACACACACACACACGCACACACACACACACACACACGCCUCCAUCCCCACACAGGCGCUGGUGUACCUGAAACAAGCCCUGACCAUCGCCACUCAGGAGGGACAACUGCAGGAACAGAGACAGCUGUGUAUCAGCCUAGCGUGGGUGUACCUUCAUCAUGGGGCUCUGCCGGAGGCGGUGCUAAGUGCAGAGAAGGCCGUGGAGGCGGGGUCUUGUCUUGGAGAGGAGGAGGAGUUUGAAGCCCGGGCUCUCCAUGGUUGGCUGCUGGUUCUAGUGGGCAGUGCUGAGCGAGCGAAGGCGGAGCUUACUCCCCUGCUGAUGUCACUGCAGGGUUCCGAUAGCCCCUCCCCCCAAGGUGUCGUGCACACGCUGCUGGCGCUGAGUUUGCGUCGCCUAGGCAACGCCUCGCAGGCGGGAGCCCAUCUGGUCAUGGCUCUGAGGCUUGCACAAGACAGUGGCCACACCCCCAACCAGGCUGUUGCCCUUAGCAACCUGGGUUGCUUAGCGCUGGGCACAGGUGCAGUGGGUGUCGCCGAGGGCUUCCUAAGGAGAUCGCUCCGCCUCUUCCAGCAGCUAGGAGGCGGGGCAGACCAGGAGCACGUCCAAUCACUGCUGUGGAUGGGGAGGAGCUACAGCAGCAGUGGGCAGGGCCAUAAAGCUCGACUAGCCAAUGAGACGGCUCUGCUGAUUGCCAUCCACGCCAAGAACAUACAUAGUCAGAUGGUGGUUGCUAAAGUCCUGAGUCGUCACUAUGCUAAUCAGAUGCUCUAUGGUCAGAGCAUCAUUUACUACGAACAUUGUGUGGCGUUGGCACGGCAACUACGAGACAAGCGUCUGGAGGGAGAGUUUCUCGAGAUCCUAGGGAGCCUCUACCUGUCAAUCAACACCCAUCGAUCUUCUCUCAGGUCUCUUGACUGCACUAAACAGUCCCUGAGGAUCUGCAUUGAUUUGGGGAAGCGGCGAGAGGAGGCGGAGUCUUGGCUUCAUGCAGGACGAAUCUACUACCUACUACAGGAGGACGAGCUCACAGACAUGUACCUACAGGCAGCAGUAAGGACAGCUUUGAGAGUUGAGGACCCCAUCUUCGAUGCCAGUAUCUACGAGGAGGCUGGGGACAUAUUUUACAAAGGACAUCGCAAUCAGCUCAAAGCACUGCCAUACUACAGGGAUGGUGGUCUUCCGUUUGCGCGCAGCACUGGGGACCUGCUGUGUGAGUUCCGGCUGCUGAGUAAAGUGACUGAGCUGCUGAUGACACACAAACACCACCAGGAGGCGCUGCAGUACGCUCUACUGGCAGUGCAGAGCAGCACAGCCACAGGUAUCCGUCUGCAUGAGCGCGUGGCGUACCAGCGGCUGGCAUGUGUGUACGAGGCACUAGGGCAGUGUGAGUUGGCGGAGAACUACUUCCUGAAGUGUGUGAGCCUGGGCCCUGACCUCACACACAGCAGCGAUGCCCGAUACUACUGCAAGGUGUACACACACCUCGCAAACAUCACGCUCCACAAACUCAAGGAUGCGUUUGAUGCGAUGGGUUACUACCAGCUAGCGCUUGCGGGGGCCAUGGAAGCGGAUGACGUGUCGUGUGUGUACGUCCUGCUGAUGAAGUUAGCGGAGCUCCACUCCUCUCACCUGCCCAACGCACACCUGAGCCAGCUCUACACACACACCGCCAGCAGCCUCAGAGUGCGUCUGGAGGGACUCACACACACACCACACACAGCUCAGGAGGACACACUCACACAGCACACAGCACAGGAUAGCUGAGGAUACACACACACACACACACACACACACUCAUACACACACACA